AUGAUCACCGAAGGUCCAUGGAUUUUUGUCGGUAUCCCAAAUCUUGUGAAGGCAUGGAACUUGCAGACCAACGCUGACCUAAGUCUUAGUGGGCCUGUUGGACAAGUUUAUGCUAUGGUUGUGGGUAGUGGCUUGCUAUUUGUUGGCACCCAGGUAAUAUGUCACUGGAUUAUGGAUCUUUCUGUCCUUAUCUGGGGCUCAACUUCAUAA